AUAACAUUGACCUGACAGACAUGUUACAUGACGCAUUCCAUCGUUGCUGAUCAGUUGGCGGUGUCAGUGUGCAGCCAGAGCGUGAGAUUCUAAUGUUGAGUUGUUAUAGAUUUUGAAGAUGGAGAGGAACGGUCUGAGUGUCGGCGUCAUUGUUGAAACUGGAGGACCUCGGCGUCGUUGUUUCAACAACAUCCUCUUGUUCACUGCCGUGUUCAGUGUGUCAUCCCUGGUGCUGGAGGCAGUCAAGUCCUAUACCGUGUCCCAGAUCACCUCUCUCGAGAAGCAGUUUGGACUCAGCAGUACAAAAAGUGGCCUACUCCUAAGCUGCAGCGAAAUCGGUUAUCUUUCAGCUAUUUUUUUCUUCAGUCAUUUUUGGGGAAGACGCUUUAUACCUAGGAUCCUGUCCUGCGCACUGGCUGUGUAUGGCCUUGCUAGUUUAAUGUCGGGUCUGUUACACUUCAUGAAUCCUGUAUCGCUUCCUCGUGUAGAGGACCUCGGCUCCAACUAUUCCUCUCCACAAAGUGUCAGACUAUGUCGGGAUUCCGUGCAGGACAAUGAGCGAUGUCCAGCUACGAAGGACCAAACGACUGACAACGGAUAUUGGAUGUACAAUGUGCUUGCCGUGCUUUUCGUGUUACAAGGGAUGGGUAAAUCCCCACGGUUUUCCCUGGGUUUACCGUACGUUGACAACAACUCGCGUGACAAACAGCAGUCGAGUUUACUGACAGGCAUCAUUAUGACAGCGGCGUUCCUCGGACCAGCUGUUGCACUUGGUCUUGGUGGAUGGUUUAGCGACAUCCCUGUUGAUCUCAGCGAGUCCCAGCUUGAUGGUCGUAGCCCCCAGUGGAUCGGGGCAUGGUGGCUCGGGUACCUGAUCUUUGGCUGUGCAGCCCUCCUUGUUGCUGUACCCUUGGGCUGCUUUCCAAAGCACAUUAAGGAACCCAAAGUCAAAGCCAUUGAAACAACCAAGUCAUUUAAAGACGAUAUAGUGGACAUGCCGAGGUCGGUAUUACGGAUAUUGAAAAACCCAGCAGUCGACUGUCUCCUCUUUGGAUCCGCUAGUGCUUUGUUCUUUGUUGGAGGCUAUUUAGGAUUCGCCCCGAAAUACAUCGCGAACCAAUUUGCUACGUCAGCAGCUGAGGCGAACUUCAUAUUAAGUAUUCUAGAGCUGCUGUGGGCGGUUGUGGGCACUCUACUUGGAGGCAUCCUCACUAGCCGACUCAAACUGACCAGCAUGGGAUGUAUAAAGUUCACGACCAUAGUGGUAACCAUUGGAACUGCCCUCUAUUCUGUCACGUUGUUCUUAGGAUGUGACAACCAGAACAUCAAGGGCCUAGGUGACAUCAGAAACGCCAUGGUCAACGAUACCGUUUGCAAUUGUGAUGCAACUGCGUUCAUGCCUCUGUGUGGCGUUGACGGCGUGACAUAUAUCAAUCCCUGUAUAGCAGGAUGUCAGUCUCAGAAUGGAACUACGUACACGGGAUGUAGAGAGAUUCCUGGUAACGAGGGCACAGUGGGCAUGUGUCCGACAGAUUGUCCCUACCUUUACCCCUACGUCACUGUUGACCUGGUGUCAGGCCUGGUGGCGACAUUUGCCUUAGUCCCUGUCAUGAUGACCAUAAUGAAAACAGUGCAUCCAAGGGACAAAUCCAUGGCUGUCGCUAUAUCGUCUUUCCUAAAUAGUUUUGUCGGAUUCCUCCCAUCACCUAUUGUGUAUGGGAUGGUCAUUGACACCACGUGCACUCUCUGGGAAACCACGUGUGGCGAGGUCGGCGCAUGCGCACUGUAUGAUCUCCCUAACCUACGGUAUCGUGUGAAGGGGAUGGACACAGGACUUCAGUUGCUGUCGUCAGCUGCUUUCUUUGCUGCUUUCCUUUUACUAAAAUAUGGCGUCGUUAAGGAGUACCCUGAUUCAGACACAUCACAAAACCAGCCUGAAGCUGCAGAAGAGACUGAAGAACGUGGUGUUCAGAUGGGGGAGAAACGUGGAAGUGUCGACGCCAUGGCUGAACCUGGAGGACGUCGACGCCGUUGUUUCAACAACGUUUUCUGGUUCACUGCCGUGUUCAGUGCGUCAACUCUGGUGUUGGAUGCAGUCAAAUCCUACACGGUGUCUCAGAUCACCUCUGUGGAGAAGCAGUUUGGCCUCAGCAGUACAAAAAGUGGCCUACUCCUAAGCUGCAGCGAAAUCGGUUAUCUUUCAGCUAUUUUCUUCUUCAGUCAUUUUGGAGGAAGACGCUUUAUACCUAGGAUCCUGUCCUGCGCACUGGCUGUGUAUGGCCUUGCUAGUUUAAUGUCGGGUCUGUUACACUUCAUGAAUCCUGUAUCGCUUCCUCGUGUGGAGGACCUCGGCUCCAACUAUUCCUCUCACAAUGUCAGACUAUGUCAGGAUUCCGGGAAGGAACAUGAGCGAUGUCCAGCUACGAAGGACCAAGCGACUGACAACGGACAUUGGGUGUACAAUGUGCUUGCCGUGCUUAUGGUGAUACAAGGGAUGGGUAAAUCCCCACGGUUUUCCCUGGGUUUACCGUACGUUGACAAUAACUCCCGUGACAAACAGCAGUCGAGCUUACUGACAGGCAUCAUUAUGACGGCGGCGUUCCUCGGACCAGCUGUUGCACUCGGUCUUGGUGGAUGGUUUAGCAACAUCCCUGUUGAUCUCAGCGACAUGCCGAGGUCGGUAUUACGGAUAUUGAAAAACCCAGUAGUCGACUGCCUCCUCUUUGGAAACGCCAGUGUAUUGUUCUUUAUCGGAGGCUAUUUAGGAUUCGCUCCAAAAUACCUCGAGAGCCAAUUUGCUACGUCGGCAGCUGAAGCGAACUUCAUAUUGGGUAUACUAGGGGUGCUGUGGGCGGUUGUGGGCACUCUACUUGGCGGCAUCCUCACCAGCCGACUCAAACUGACCAGCAUGGGAUGUGUGAAGCUCACGACUAUAGUGGCUACCAUUGCCACUGUCCUCUAUUCUGCCACGUUGGUGUUAGGAUGUGACAACCAGAACAUCAAGGGCCUAGGUGACAGCAGAAACGCCAUGGUCAACGAUACCGUUUGCAACUGUGAUGCAACUGAAUUCAUGCCUCUGUGUGGAGUUGACGGCGUGACAUAUAUCAAUCCCUGUAUGGCGGGAUGUCAGUCUCAGAAUGGUACUGAUGUCGUCUCAGAAUGGAACUGUAAGUAUCGCACUCCAGGCAUGGUGAGAUGUCAGUCUCAGAAUGGCACUGUAGGUAUCGCACUCCAGGCAUGGUGA